UGUAGUUUCACAAAUGUAGUCAGUACACUCCAAAAAUGAAUAUUGUAAUGACUGGUUUCACUCUCACCACUAAAAGCUUUUAUCUUAUUUUCAAACAAUGAUUAAUCCCUGAUGGUAUUCCCACAAAUGUAAUAAAAUCUUAAUUCUACAGAACCUUCCAAACAAAUUUCUGCGGAAGUUGGAUAUUUAUUGCGCUUCUGAAGAAAAUUAGUCAAAGUCAAUAUGUUCAAGCACACAUAUGCCAGGACUGCACCUGUCGGUCUGACAUCAUCCUCUACCUGUUGUGUCCCCUCUCUGCCUUUUCCAUAGGGCGGGGCGCGAGAGCUUUGGCUUCUACUCAGCGAUCCUGGAAACCGCCACCAGCCUCCAUACCACUGAGCACCCGUUCGUGCGCUCGAGCCUCACCGACACAGCGCGCGCUGCGGGAUUUUGUUUUUUUAUUCACGGACUUGAACGUCUUUUUCUUGUUUCAAUUUCCUCAAAGAAUUUGAAGCAUAAGGCGAGCGGAGGUUUGUUUUCCAGCAGCGGGACAGGCUUGGCGACACCGGGGACCGGGGAUAAGAGCGAGGCUUCAGCUUAUUAUAGCCCAGGACACCGGACAUUAUUCCUGCACGAGAAGACGCUACUUUGGAUUACUUUGACACACAGUUUGUGACUGCAAUACACCACAAAUAUUAGUAGAAUAAUUUAUUUUCUGCUUCUCACUGUGUCGCUUUUCUUUAGUGGGUAGCCUAAUAAAACCGUCAUUUGCACUGAGCGGAUGCUUGCAUUUCUGCGCGCUUUGUGCAGGCUGUAGCUCCGGGAAAAGAGUAACCUGUGAUAGCAAAACAGAAUAAAAUAUUUUAACAAGCAUUGUUGCAUUCAGAAGUAAUCACCCCCAACUUAUUAUUUUUUUUGUCCUUAUCUUGGACCGAGCCCUGCGCAUUUUUGAGAGAACUCAGAGAAGCGGAUCGAGAUCAGGAUGCGUCGCAGCUGAAACCACGCGUGGACUUUGGUGUUGAAAUCUAGAUCGGGCGGACCUCCACCUCUCUCCCGGACCAGGACAGGAGUCGAAUCAGGAUGACUCCUGGCGGUGCGAUGUGGAUCCUGCUCUCGGUGUGCUGUCUGCUCUCCGGAGUCUGCCGGGCAGCGACUCUGAGCGGACUGGGAGAUACCGUUCUGGGUCCAGAGAAGUUCGGCGGCGUGGCCAACUUCAGCACCUUCCUACUGGACCGCUCAACAGGCAUGCUCUUCCUUGGCGCCAGGGAUGCUAUACUGGCUGUAGACACCAACAAGCUCAACCAGUCACCGCGCAAGAUUAUUUGGGAUGUGCCAGAGGAGAAGAGGAAGUCUUGUGUGGCAAAGGGAAAGACGGAGGUGGACUGCAACAACUACAUCCGCCUGCUGGAGUUCCUAGGGGAUGGACGGAUCUACGUGUGUGGCACCUAUGCCUUUGACCCCCAGUGUGCCUUCCUGGAGCGCUCCACCUUCACUCUGGAGAAAGCUGAGGAUAAUGGGGUGAAGAUGGAGACAGGGAAGGGGAAGUGUCCCUUUGAGCCCAGUCAGCACUACACGGCUGUCAUGGCAGGUGGUAUUCUAUACACAGCAGCCACAAGCAACUUCCUGGGAACGCUCUUUGACAUCUCCCGGGCAACGGGCCCUGAGCAGGAGCGCAUCCGAACUGAGCGAUCCAUCAACUGGCUCAGUGACCCAGAGUUUGUGAGCUCAGCCUUCAUAGAGGAGACUCCAGACAGCAACCCGACAGGAGAUGAUGACAAGAUCUACUUCUUCUUCACUGAGGUGGCCAAAGAAUACGACCUAUAUACCAAAGUCAAAGUGCCCAGGGUGGCGCGAGUCUGCAAGUCGGACGUGGGAGGGAUGAAAACUCUGCAGCGGCGUUGGACCACCUUUCUCAAGGCCCAGCUGGUGUGUGAGGACAAACCCAGCGGUCAGCGUUACAACAUCCUGACUGACGUUUUCACUACGCAACACACACCAGGAGACCCCAGCAGCACGCACUUCUAUGGGCUUUUCACCUCCCAGUGGGAGAAUGAGGAAUUAUCAGCAGUUUGCGUUUUCAGUCUGUCUGACAUCAGCAAAGUGAUGGAUGGUUCCUUUAAAGAGCUGAAGAAGACUUGCGAGAACUGGAUCAACCCUGAACCUGUCCCCACACCAAGACCUGGCCAGUGUCUGAACAAUGCUUUGAAGGCUGAAGGGUUUGAAUCUUCCCUGAAACUCCCUGACAAGGUGUUGACGUUCGUGAGGGAUCACCCUCUGAUGGAGAACAGUGUUACUGCAGCGCCCCUGCUGGUGCGGAAGGGGAUCAGAUACACCAAGCUGGCUGUAACACAGAUGGGCGGCAGAGAAGAGCGAAGAGGAGCAGUGCUGCACCUCGGAACAGACCGUGGGGAGCUCCACCGCGUGGCAGUAGUGGGACAGAACGCCACCUUACUGCAGGAGAUUCCUCUGUUCACCUCACAGGAGCCUGUCAACAAUAUAUUACUGCACCAGGGCUGGACUCUGGUGGGCAGCCCUCUGUCUCUGGCUCGUGUCCAGGCUGAAGGUUGCGGUCUGUAUCCCAGCUGUGAGGUGUGCGCCAGAGCCAGAGAACUGGGCUGCGUGUGGAGCACAAAGGAAAAAGCCUGCCGGCUCACAACGGCAGAGCCUGGCCCAGGUGAUAUGGUGGACGAUGCCUUAAGAAGAUGUGAUGCAGUGGAGGGGCGUUGCUCCCCAUCCAUCAGGGAGCUGCGAGUUUCCAAAGGUCUGCGCCUCUUGUUGCCAUGCGUCCAGCUGUCUCCCAGGCCUUGUAGCUGGGAGCAUCCUCCCCACAGACACACCAGACAGCACCACUCUGACCUGGAGGUGACCGUCAGCGAGGACAGUCUGGGAAAAUACAUCUGCACAUGCCAGGAGGCGGGGCCAGGUAUCAGAGACCCCACCCCCUGCCGCAGAGCAGCCUAUCAGCUGACACUAGAGGACCCCAGUGCUGGAGGAGCAGUGGCGACACCAGGAGGUCGUCAUGUCAUGGCCUUCUAUAUAAUUUUCUUCCUCUGUGGUGUGGCAUUUACUGUAUGUAUCUACUGCUUUGUGACACAUCGGCGCAAUUUAAGGGACCAGGGCCACCACCUGCCAGAUAAUUCGCUGUCGUCUGAGAAGGGGCGGGACUUGCUUGGCUCCUCAGCCACGCCACAGUCCCCUAGCAGCGCCAGCCUGCUGUCUGAAGGAUUCCGCUUGACUGAAAAGCGUAACGGGACGGCGACCACAAACACGACCACGACAUUGCUCAGCAACCAGGGUAACGGUGGUCACCAUGGCAACAGCUACAGUGGCACGGUGAUCAGCAGCAAUCCCAGCAAUGGCCAUGGGAAUGCCCUGUACGCCAACUGCAACACAAGCAGCAGUGGGCUGAAGUUCUCUGAAAUUUUAGCUCCUGACAUGCUGGAUGGAAGGACGGGGGAGAGGGAGAGGGGGAGGCCUGAGGGGGGAGAGAGGGAGUCGGGAGAGGGUGGUGAGGUGGAUGAGGGGCUGGGGGACGGGUUAGAUGGGUUAAAAGGACUAGAGGAGGAACUUGCAAGCUUUCCCGUGUUUAAAACACCAGCACCCCUGGCUAAGUGUGAAGAAAGCUCAAUAUGAAAAGGUGAAACAAAUAUGCUGUACUGUACUAGUAAAACCAUUUUGCAUCAUCCAAAUAAACUGGAUACUACUGCAAGGAACGCAAGACGGCAGCCUCAAAGUGACUACUGCCAAAUGCCUUUGGAUGGGAGCUGUGGCACGAAGAGAGACUAAAGAGAUAUAAAAGAAAUAUAUGAUAAGUUAUGUCUACACGUGAGAAAGACACUUGAAACAUUCUGUAUGGAGAGAACUUAGAGACAGAAAACAUAUUUAAGAGUUGGGAUAGACUGCCUAUUGUGAGUCACUCAGGAUGGGAGCCACAGCUAAAUAAAUGUGUCAUAUGUAUGUACAUAUAAAAUGUAUAUAUAAACAGUCUGAAAGUCUGACAAUUCAAAUGUUACAAAGAAUCAAAGAUGAAAUGUCUACGAAUCUAGACAUGGAAAAGCCAUACUGUCCUUCUCCUUAUCUUCUGUUGUGGUUUGCUCUCAUUCUCUUCUUCUCCCAAUGGCACUGCAAAAGAAAAAAAUUGCACUUUGAAUUUCUCAGCACCUCUCUGACUCUCUCUAUUUCUCUCUCUGACACACAAUUUAAACACAAUCCCAGACCUCCAUGGGUCCAAAGGCACCAAAGGACUGUUGAGCCAUAGACUGCCCAGCCAGACUACACUGGGCUUCAAACAGAGAGAUGUCACUGUCAGAGACUAAAGAACCAUAAAUUCACUGAAGAAACAUGAGCUACAGUGACCAUGAUGGGGCUGUUCCUGCCUACGCUGCCGCAAAGGUCAAGAGGAUGAUAGGUCACCUGUCAGAUUUGUGUCAGUGUGGAAAACAAAAGGUGCACAGCAUGCAUUAACUGACAGCUGAUCAGAUCUGUCACUGUUCAUUUUCACUGUUACUGAGACAGAAGGCAAAUUCUUUUCUGAUGGAUGUGAAAUUAAUUUCUGCCUUGCAGAAUGGACCUUACCAGACACCAUCACCUCGUUUUGUGAGUGUGGAUUUCAAAACGUAAAAAUGUAUUGUUUUUGUCAUGUUGUUUUGUAAUAA